AUGUCGUCCCAGAUCGAGUACAAUCAGAUGCCAAGAGAGCCUGCGCCAGCCGUGCUCUCGGAACAAAAGAUUAGCUCUCAGCAACCUGUAUGUUCGCUCCCUUCAGCCAUCUCCAUACUUACCAUGUCGGUUUUGGUUUUCCCCUCUUCUCUGGUGAUUGUCGGGCCCGAAUCAGCCGAUGACGAUGGAUCAAUCAGCGAACCUGCGAGGUGGCGGCGAUGGCGGAGUAAGUUGAAAAAAAAUCCGACCCAAUCCCUCCCCUUCUUCGAUAUUCCUACGCUGUCUGUAAUUUUGGUAGAGCUCGAGAAAUCAGAAAUAGAGCGCUGGAAAACGCGAUUGGGAUUCUUUUUCUCUUCAACCACACGCUCAAAAGCACAUAAUUGGCUAACGUGUUAUGCUCUUCUCGGUAGGCUGUCUGCUGCGGUCUCUGCGCCGGCCUCUGUUGCUACGAAUGCUGCGAGUGCUGCUGCUGCUGCUGUUAAGUCGUAUCGGAACGUCACACGUCGAAGGCACUUUUGGGUGUCGUUUCCCUCGAGACACACCCAGAAGAUGGUCAACGCAGUGGACGUUACUUUCUGUAUAGACCGAAUAUCGUUUCGAGAUGGAGGGUGUAUCGUAGACCGACCAAGAUCAAGACUACUCUCAUUGGGAAUCCGUGAGAGAAGGAGACUGAGGAAUUCGCGAGCGAGAGUUCGAUAUCAAAUGGGUGGCUCGUAG